AUGUUGGACAAUACAACAUCGUUUUAUCCGGCGCAUGCUCAGUGGCUCGCUUUUUCACAGCAACAAAGAUUCCACCCCACGUCUUACGAAGCAUCAAAGCAUUGCCACCACUUCAGUCCCGAAUGUCAUUUACCGUCAAUGGCCUGGAUGAUUAACCAUGUACCACAGAUAUGCCCCCGUGUCAGCCAUCCACAGCAGGGUCGCUCGCAAUUCGCGACGCAACACUGUGCCGCUACCUCGCAUGAAGCCGGAAAUUCUGCUCUUCUGAGGAUGGGGAUAUGA